AUGGCCAAUGCGACUGGACAUGCCUGCAAUCACCGGGCCCAUACCACCAGUUGCACCCAUCACCACUCGCUCCAGGGCCACCAGAAUGGCAAAGCAGGCCAAGCAGUCUGGGCGAUGCAAGGGCAACCUAGUCCUAUCCCGGAGGAACUGGAUGCUGAUGUCGAGAUGGUCGAUGGUGCUCCUAUGGUGCCAAGUGCUGCCCCAGUGGCAUCCGCUGACGAUUUUCCUGAGGACCAUUGGAUCGAACCCAUGGACGAUAGUAUCCUGCCUCCCACACCAUUUGAUGAGACACUGGAUGAGGUCCGGUACUCUCCUAUUUAUCUGGCUCGCACUCAAAGGCCCCCCUCCCCUGUUACCACAUCCAUGCCCAUUUCGUCUCAUCAGUCUCCCCAUCCUCUCAGCAAUGCGCAGAUUGAGGCUAUGCUGGCCCAAAUUCAGCUUGAUAUGGAAGAGCUACACACACAUGAUGAUACCAUUCACAAUAAUUUGUCCAGUCACAUCGAUGAGCUGCACGCCAACUAUACAGAACAAUUUGGCCUCCAGAAGGGACUGGUAGAUCAGUUGACUGCUCAGGUGGGUGGAAUUGCAAGGUACUUGAGGGACAACCAAAAGGCCGCUGCAUCAUCGGUCAUCACUCCACCCGCAUUCAAUCCGCCACACAUUGUCGUCCCCGGUACCCCCAUAUUCCCCAAGUUCGGUUCUAUCAGUGCAUUAGGUCGCGCUGUUACCAACAAUGUCUUUACUCCGGAUGUGUUCUCAUCUCGUGCCUGCCCCACUGGAGAUGGCUCGCCAGUGACAAGGCAUGGGCAAGCACCCACAUCUGGCUCUACCUCCACAAUCAAUUCGGUCCCCAUCAUGAGGGAAUCCAGUUCAUCCAUUCAGCCCACUGGGGUACUGCCGGUACUUACUGACACAGUCCCAACAGAAUCCAUGCCUUCCACUAGCACCAUUCGCAUGUUGGUCACCGGGUCAGCAAAUGUACCCGAGGAUGGUCAGUCUGUCUCGGCUCCCUUGCCACAGCGUUCAUUUGCACCUCAAUCACACCGACAAGGUCGGUCAGUGAGUGCUAAGCAUGCGAAGGACUCGUCUGGGGAUGGGCCCAAGUAA